UAACAUGCCAGGAAUGUACAGCCGGGAUGUUUGGAGAGGGAUGUAAACACAAAUGCUCUUGUAACACAACAAAUACAAACAAAUGUGAUAACGUAAAUGGAAGAUGUAUUUGUCAUCAAGGCUGGGAAGGCAAAUAUUGUGAGAAAGACAAAGAUGAAUGUACAAGUAACAGUGACAUCUGUCCUGAAAACUCAAAAUGUGAAAAUAGUGUAGGGAGUUACAGCUGCAAAUGCAACUCUGGUUUCAUAAUGGACUACAAAGGAUUAUGCAAAGAUAUUAACGAGUGUGAAUCAAAUCCUUGUACACUAGACGUCUGUGAAAACAUUCCUGGAAGUUAUAAGUGUAAAUGUGACAUUGGUUUUGCAGAGAUAGAAAACAAAUGUGCGCGUUGUACGAACAAUAAAUUCGGUGUAAACUGCUCGGAAACCUGCCGUUGUAACGGGGAACAUUCUGCUAACGUAAUACAAACUUGUGACACUGCCACAGGCAAAUGUAUGUGUCAGUCACAUUGGCAAGGUGAUACGUGCAGUGACGACGUUGAUGAAUGUGAGGACAAAGCGGCAUGUAAAGAUAAAGAUAACACCGUCUGUAUCAAUUAUGACGGCGGAUAUUCCUGCAAAUGUGAACAUGGUUACAAAGAGUAUCCAGGAAUAGUGUGCAUUAAGGAAUCGCCUAUCAUGAUAGACCUUACGGUGAACCUGAAUGUAGACGUUUCUGAUAAAACAGACCCUGAAGAACUGAAACCAUUUGCCGCUGAAAGUCUAAGGGAGUUUUAUAGUCAGUAUACAAAGGCUGACAUUGAGAUCUUGAUCAGAAAUAUAACGUUUGCCAGUUCCGGUAAAACCGUUCGCCGUAGCACAAUGAAGGAGUUAAAAAUUGAUUAUACAGUGAUUUACAAAGAAGAUGAUAUAAGUGUAGCUUCUGAGCUGACAGUCGCUACUAUGGAUAUUUCAAAAGGAGCAGAUCUUAAAUUUGACGGGCAUACAGUCGUUGUUAAAGCAGUAAACGUGAAAGGUAAGCAACCAUGUGAUGUAUAUGUGGAGACUGUAGGAAUAUGUGCAGACGGUUUCAAAUGCGAAGUUGAAAACAAAAGACCAGUUUGCAGAACAAGUACCUCUGAGGUAAACCUUGCAUUGAUAAUAGGAGUGUCAUGCGGUUGCUUCAUUUUGUUGUUGCUCAUCAUUAUUGUGAUAAUGUGUCUCAGACAACGAAAACAAAGAAAGAAGGAGGACGUCAGAAUGCAAAGGGAGCUUACUAGUGCUUCUGACAUGGGAAUGAAACUUGAAAAUAUAAACAGCCGACAGGGGAACAUCUACAACGUGUUAGAUUGGCAGACCGCGACAAAUAUCAGAGAUAAGGGCGAUGACAACGAAUCUAAGUAUAUGACUUGGAAAUCGAUAGCUUCAAGAUUCACGAUGGCAUCUGGCAAUGAUUCCAGAAAUGAUGGACACUAUCACAUUCCUCGUGCGAGAAUGAAGGCAUCUCCUAGUCCAAAUCCAGACUACGUAACUCCAAGGGAAUAUUAAUUGGACUUUUGAAAUGUGCUGUUGAUGACUUGUUUUUUACUUUUUCUUUGUGUUACUUUUAUCCAAUCUGUUAGCAUUAUAAUCAUAAAUCCAGUGACUCUAUCGUGUGUAUAGCUUCCUUUCUAGAUAUUAGGACAUCAUAAUCUUUUUUAAAAUGGUUUGUUCUCUUGUUUUCUACGUUUUAGAAUUUUUUAUUAAAAUAAUGGAGAGACACUAGGUUAAAGCAUUAAUUUAGAUUAUUAUCAGUCCGAGAAUAAAUAGCCUGAAAAAGAAAAUUUUCUUCAAAAAAUUUACUGCAUAAAUCGACAAUAAAAAUGGACAAAGCAACAAUGUUCUGCAAUUAGUAUUUUUAAUUCUUUUAAUUGACAUAUAUCUAUAAAUGUGGUCUUUAAAUGUUAAACAAACGUCUACAUGAAAUAUAUAGUUGCUUAGUUUAUACAAUAUGCAGAAUGUCUUCUUUUUAUGUAAGACAUAUACAUUAUAUUAACAAGAAGAAAAUAUCUUCAUAAGUAAUGAGAGAAAUGUUUUUUUAAUGUUAAAGAAAUUCAAUUUGAAGGAUGAGGACGUGUGUUAUGGAACAAAAUAUCUUGCAUACAAUUUUUUUGUUCGGUUUAAAAAGGACUCAAUUAAUUAUUUCAGGCGUCAAUUUUGUUUUCUAUAGUUUCUCCGUUCUUGCAAACAUAACAAUAAACUAUUUCUCUAGCAUUUGUAGAAAAUUAAAAAUCGAUUAAAUUGUACAUCUGUAUUUUGUCUUUAUAAAGAUAUCAUUAUAUGUGUCAUUCUUUCAAUAUGCUAAUAUGAUGUAAUUUGACAGUUAAAAAUCCUGUAUGUUAUAAUAAAGGUUGUUACCACACUUAAGUGAAAUAUAAUAUUGCUUCUUAAAUAGUUUUCAAACAUCGAAGAAUAUGUUACAUAUGUACUGCAAAUAUUUGUCCUCAUUAUAUGUAAUCAUUAAAAUAUAUGCAUUCAUUUCUUAUUGAAACAUUAGACUUAGACUUUAUAGAAAAUAAAUUUCUAAUUACCUUCUUUUAUAAAAAUGAAAUGUAAAUUCGGUAAUAUCUUUUUAAAUAAUGCUUUUUGAAAUUUACAAUAUUUAUAAAUCUUCAUUUAAGCAUUAUAUUUUUGAUAUAAAACCAUAAGAAAAUUGAGCUACAGGAUCUCAUAAUAAAAAUACCGGUCACUGCGUUAAGCUGUUGUUAAAUUAAUUGCGUGAUUCACGCAUAUAAAAAUAAAGUGAGACUGAUCGGAGCCGCACAGCGUAUUCCGGUAUAUACCAGACAAGGCGCAUGAAUGAUUUAAUGCUAAAAUUUCGACUUUUAACCCAACGGAAUGAACUUUAAACGUCUAAUUAAUCGUUUCACAUCGAUUUAUAUGAGAUAAUGAAUGAAAAAAUUUAAAAAUAGGCGAAAAAGAUAAAUUUGUCGAGUUUUUGAUCCUUAGUUCUGCAAGCUUCUAAUGAUACUGUACUGCGUUAUUUCAAUAAAAAAAUAAACAUGCAAGUCACGACAAUCCAUCCGCUUGCGCAGAAUUUAUGCAAGAAUUUAUAAACAAAAUCUAAACCUACCGCUUUUUGUAGGCGCCGCUAAACGUAAACGUAAGCAUUGUACAGUUAUACAUUUAAUAUCUGUCUAAAUUUUUAGAGCUAUCAUUUAUGUUUAAAAAAAAACAAAAGAUUUGUCAAGCAAAACAUAACUUUUUCCUAUUGAAAAGAUUAUUCAAGUUUGAUUAUUUAUUCAGCUCUUAAAGAAGAAAAACGGCAUUGGCGUUGACGUCGUCGUCAGAGUGGGUGUUUGUUCACCUUCUCGUUUAGGCUCGUUUUCUCAGAAACUUCAAAAAAAUCACUUCAAGCUGAGUUUUGUUUUAAUAAACAUCAUUUUAAAUGUGCAUAAUAUCCUACUUUUUUUGCAAAGGAAUGUCCCGCUUUUUAUUUAGUGCCUUUCUUAAGGACACAUUAGCACACAACUUAUUUUUCUCAGUUUUGCGCCUGUAAGCCCCAUUAUUUUACUUCACAAUUCUUGGUCAAUCUUUUUGUUAAGGUACAUUUCUCUAGUAUGUAUUCACUUUCAACUUGAAGUACAUGCUAAUUAUUGAAUUUGAAAUGAAAUUCUAAACGACAGAUAAUCAUAAAAGCCUUUAUUGCUAAAUUAUUUCCCUUUUGUUUUUUUUCUUUACCUCAGAAAUCGUUAAACGUAUUAUCUUCAAAUUUGAAAUAUUUAUUUUUAAAUGUGCGUUAGGCUAUGAUUGAAGAAUAAUGCCCCUUUCUCUCUGUUGUCUUUUAGACAAAGGAGGGUGCUUUCCACAAACAGCACUUGUUUAUGUUUUAUAUCAUUUUAUUCAAUAUUGAAACUUAACACAAAUAUUUUGUUACAUUUGUAAAUA